AUGGUUGUUUAUUCUCACACAUCAGAGACCAACCAUUUUUAUCACCAAAAGAAUCUAAUUGAUGUGUUUAAAACUAAUAUUGUUGAACGUCUCAAACGCAAACUUGCGUCGUUUGAUGGUAAGAAGGCUAUACGUGGUGGUAUUCCAUUUGUGUUCCCGAUGUUUGGUCCAUGGUCCUUUGGCCCACAACACGGAUUCGCACGUAUCACUCGUUGGCAACUAGAAAGACCGCCAGAACGUUUACACAAUGGUGACAUAGAAGCUAUUUUUUCGUUAUCGGAUAACGAAUUUACACGUUCUAUGUGGAACUAUCAAUUUCAAAUAACUUAUCGUUUAAUUUUACGAGAAAAAGAAUUACAUUUUCAUAUUGGGGUCUAUAAUCCUAGUAAGGACUUGUCUUUUUCAUUUAAUAUGUUACUACAUACUUACUUGAAAGUUCCUGAUGUUCGUCGAUGCCAAAUUACUGGAUUGCACGGCUGCACUUUUAUUGACAAAACGAGAGACGGUACUGUAUAUCAGGAAGGCCGAGAAGUUGUUACAGUAGGUGAAUGGACUGAUCGUGUGUACCAUAAUACACCACAAGAACAUAUUAUUACAAAUGUUGUUUCUGGUAGAAAAAUGAGAUUACAAAAGUAUAAUUUACCUGAUACUGUCAUUUGGAAUCCGUGGAUAGAUCAAGCCAGAGAAAUCAAUGAUUUUGGAGAUGACGAGUUUCCCAAUAUGCUCUGCGUAGAGUCAGGACAUGUUUCAACGCCAGUUAUUUUAUUACCAGGAACAGUAUAUGAAGCCAGUCAAAUAUUGCAAAUAAUCAUCGAGGGAAAUGUUAGCAGAAAAACAAAGCGAAGUCGCUAGCGCCUAAAGAAUCGGAACCCAAUGAGGUAAACCGAUUCUUUUACAUACUCUAAAGUAAGAAGGAAAAUAUUAUCCAUAACGAAGUGAAACUGAACACAAUUUUAAGGUUUACUUUUAAGCGAACAGCAAUAACUUACGCAAUGUAAGCAGAUCCGAGUACAUUAUAAGAUCUGUAAGCAGAUCUUGACAUUAUUGAGCAAUGAAACUGUUGAUAAAUAUUUUUAAAAUGUGAUGUCUAUCAGAAAUCAUUCCUCUACUACCA